AUGGCACGGCCAUCCCCGGGAGGGAAUGCGAGCGGCGCCAGAAGCUGGAUGGCAACCUUGCUGUGUGCGGCGGCGUUGUUUUCUGGGCCUGACGUAGGUCAGAUGGAAGCGCAGCAGGGCCUGCCUUCUCUGCUGCGACCUUCGCUAGCUUCGGCUCUGUCAGAAGAACAGGACGUCGUUAAUGACGUCUGGCGCGUGGUCAACGCAGCCUACGUGGACCCAACGUUCAACGGCCAAGACUGGAAGGCAAUCAGGCUGAAGGUCCUGAAACAAGUGCAAGACCGCCGCGGGAAAGAGGAGGCGUACUCCGCCGUGAAGGGCAUGCUCAAAGGCCUCGGGGAUCCCUACACGCGCUUUCUGACGCCGCAGGAAUACGACGCAGUCACCGGUCUCGCUCGCGGAGGCGUGGCUGGGGUGGGGUUGGAGCUUGCCUCAUCCCCGGCUUCAUCAGGCAACCCCCUCUCGGUGAUAGUGGCGGGGGUGGUAGGCGGGUCUCCCGCAGAGAAGGCUGGGGUUCUGACGGGCGACGUUCUAUCGGCGGUGGAUGGAGAGGAGGCUUCGGGCACAGACCUGGACACGGUCGCUGGGAUGCUGAGGGGGGACCCGGGUUCGGGGGUACGGCUGGACGUUCGGAGGGGGGGGAAGACGUUCGCCUUCCCUCUCACGCGGGCACAGUUUAAGUACCAAGGGGUGAGGUCGGAGGUCCGCAGUAACGGGGGCCAGAAGGUCGGCAUCGUCUCGAUCAAGGUGUUCUCCAAGGAUACCUUUGAGGACGUCAGAGCGGCCGUGGAUCGGACGAUCGAUGAGGGAGCGCAGUCUAUCGUAUUGGAUCUGCGGCACAACCCGGGAGGCUUUUUCCCGGGGGGGAUAGACGUUGCCAGGCUCUUCCUGUCGUCGGACGAGACCAUCGUCUCCGUGGUAGACCGCAACGGCAUCUCCGACACCUACGGCGCCAUCGCCACGGGAAAGUUCUCGAAGAUUCCUCUGGUUCUGGUUGUUGACGAGAAGACCGCUAGCGCGUCCGAGAUUUUGUCUGCGGCUCUCAAGGACAACGGCAGGGCGAAGCUCGCCGGCCACAAGACCUUCGGGAAAGCUAAGGUGCAGACCCUGAACCAGAUCUUCGACGGCAGCGGCGUGGCUGUCACCAUCAGCCUCUACAAGACUCCUUCGGGUAUUGAUAUCAACGGGAAGGGUAUUCCGGUGGACUACCCCAGCGAGUGCCCCUACCCCGGGGAUGCUUUGGCUUGCGUCCCCCCAAAUGCUUUGCGCUGAUGGGGGUUUCCUGUGAAGAUCGCUACUACAACGCUCUCGCUCUUCAACACGGAUGGCACGGUUUCGAGCAGUUUCAAACUGUUUCACGAGAUCGAAAAAGUUGACGGUCAUCUGUUUUGUUUUCGUUCGGAAGAAAACUGAGAUUGAUUGGUGUGAUAGUCACGCGGUUGCGCACCGGGAGACUUGGGGCAUGCCUCCAGCCCCUUGAUGGCAUCGUCUGCUCUCCGUGGUCACCACACGGCAUGCCCCGGUUUCCCGGUGGAGAGCGAAGAGUCUUGUUUUGGUCGUGAUCUUCGCUCUCAUGGAGAUGUAACCGUUGGAAAAGGCAGUGAGUAGCCAUUGUUUCCAGUACUCUUUCGAGAGUCUUGGGCUGAAGACGGAGAACAAACAGCAGGUAGGUGUGGUUGUUAAAAAGGUGUCGUGCAUAUUCCAGAUAUGCAGUGCGCCGCCAUCGUCCUAUUUGUAAAAAGGUAUAAGCUUGGGAAGGUUUCACCCCUGGGACUUCGAGUGGGCGAAAGUGAUGGUCCUGCUACGAGAAUGUGUGCAUGAGCGAUUGUUCGUCGUUGAUG